AGAGAGAAAAACAACAACAACAACAAAAGUCUCAUCUUCAUCUUCUCUCUCUCCUCUCUCUCUCUCUCUAAGAUCGAGCUCCCGCUGGGCAUGUCCUCCGGCUCCGCCGCUCGCCGGAAUCCUCCCUCCCGACCCCGCUUCCCGCUCCGCCGCGUGAUCGCGCCUUCCUCGCCGGGGGAGGACUCGCGGCUUCUUGUCGUGACUGUGCAGCCGUCUUGAUUGAUUGAAGGGCGCUUGCUUCCUAAGCUGAUGUUUCUGGGUCAAGAUUGUCAUUUAUACCAGAACCGUCAAUCAAAUGCCAGCAUUAAGAAUGAAAAGCAAACCAGGCAAAGCCUCUUUAAGAGAAGCGAAUGGUCUUUGUGUAUGUCCUAAAUCAUGUAAAGUUUCAAAAAAAUCAUGUUCUGAUUUUUCAACUACUCAACAAACUGCAGAAUCUGACUUUUCUUCUCUGGGUUUCUCCACUGUGACACUGGAUACAAUGAGGUGCAACCAAUAUAUUUUCACAAAGGCAGCAAAUAUAGUGAUCAUUUGCAUCAUCAGCUUCUCUCCAUUGAGCAUUCUGUAUUCUGUGCCUACUAUUUCAGACAGAGAAGUGGCCACUCAAGACAGUGACUGCAAUGGAGCCAUUGCCAAACCGGGACAACUCGAUGAGGAAAAGGGUUAUGUAGAGAAGCAGGUGUCAUUUCUAGCUGAUUCAUCUUCUUCAGGAAAAAUGGAACAUGCCCAUUCCAGUCCAACUAAUCUGGAGACUAUUUUUUCUCCCAUUUUGGAGCCUGAUGAACUCCUCAGCAUAGAAAGUGUUUCCAUUGAUUUGGUAGGGAGCACUUGUGAUUUUGGUGUGGCAUUGUUGGAGGCAGAUGAAAGCUUUGAAUACAAGGGGUCAUGUGACUACCAAAGUUGCAGUAUAUCAGAUUUCUAUGUCUCUGACAUGUUUAUAGCGGGUUUACGACCUGAUGAUGUUACAAUGGAUGAUGAGGAUGUGACUGAUUUAACGCCUUUAACUGGGUACAAGGGUGAUGAGUCAAGUAUGUUGUUUGAUGUUUCUGACAAAUACAUGAUGGUACCACUUCUAGGGAGUACACUUAUUGCUAGUGCAAUUGAAGAUACCAAGUCGCAUGAAGAAGGAACAGUUAAUCCAAAUGGAUCCAGCUUUUAUAUGUCAAUUGAUCAGAUGAGAUGCUACAACUCUGAAUCAGAAUGCCAUUCUGAUAUGGACGAAGCAGAGUGCUUCGACCCACGGUUGUUCAUCAGAACAUUACCUGACUUGUCCGAUGAAGUGUCGAGUUUUCAACCCACAGCAUCGCACAAGGAAAUUCAGAAAAGGAAGUCUGUGACACUGGUGCUUGAUCUUGAUGAGACACUCGUCCAUUCUACAUUGGAGCACUGUGAUGAUGCUGAUUUUACCUUUACUGUCUUUUUCAAUAUGAAAGAGCACACUGUAUAUGUCAAAAAAAGGCCUUAUCUGCAAACCUUCUUGGAGAGAGUUGCAGACAUGUUCAAUGUCGUAAUCUUUACAGCCAGCCAAAGCAUCUAUGCAGAGCAACUGCUUGACAUACUGGAUCCAUACCAAAAGCUAAUAUCACAUCGACUUUAUCGUGAAUCAUGUACUUUUUGUGAUGGCACUUACACGAAAGAUUUGACCGUCUUAGGUGUUGACUUGGCUAAAGUUGCUAUUAUUGAUAAUUCUCCACAGGUCUUCCGGUUGCAAGUGAAUAAUGGAAUUCCAAUUAAGAGUUGGUUUGAUGAUCCAUCAGAUUGUGCAUUAGUAUCACUCCUUCCCUUUUUAGAGACUCUGGUUGAGGCUGAUGAUACAGUAGCACCAGAUCUGCUUCUGUUUAGUUUUGGACCAGCAAGAACAAUCAUCAUUUGUGCCAGAGUUGUAAAUUUGUAGAAAGAUGGAGUUGCAGCUCCAUAUUGACUGAGACAGGUUGCUACAAUGAGUGGCAACUGGCGCUAGACAUGGUUGCUUCUUUGAUCGAUAUUCGCAAAAGCAGGUAAAAGUUGCAACCUUCAUGAUGUUAACUUGAAAGUAACUUCAUGUGAGAACAUCCAUUCAUCAGAAUAUUUGCUUUGGUGAAUAACGAAAUGUCAUAUGAAAAAAAAAAUGAUCAAUCAAGUGUUAUUUUGGAAUAAUAGAUCGCUCUUAGGCUUCGAUUAAGGAUGACUUCUGUUAGGACUUGGUAUUCUGGCUCUGUCUCAGGUUCCAUUUGGGUUCUUGGUCUUACUUUAGUUGAAUGGGGUCAGCUCAGGUAAAGUUCUUUGUUUUUGCUUCUCAGAAUUGUCAUUUGCCAGCUACAUAAGUCCACCCCCUUGCUUUCGUCACUCCAAGUGAAUUGAUUUUCUUAUGCAUUGUACUCUCUUAUAGCUACUAAGCAUUUGUAACAUUUUCGGGCAUCCUCUACCUUUAACCUUUCAUUGGAGCAAUUAUAGAACACAUGCAAAUAAUUCUCCAUGUUCAUCAUACUUUCCUUGUUUUUAUUAUGUUGGCAUAGUUGAUGAGUUUAUAACCUUUGUUUGUAACUUGGUCUUAGGGGAAGAGAAGUAAGUGGCUGUCUAAGAGAAAUGAUUGUAGAUCUUUUGGCUGUGUAGAAAAAGAUGUUUCUUUCCACUGACCGUUUGGCCAGCUCUCCCCGCUGUCUUGAUUGAGGAAUAGGGUAUUAAUAUUCUUAGAGCAUUUAACUUCGGCAGGUCAUUUCUUCCAAAAUUGGCAUGGAUGCCAAUGUAGAUUACUGAAAGUAUUAGGCUAUGCUCUUCUGAAGCUUAUAAUGUUCAGCAUUUUAUUUUUUCCUCUCUUGAAGAGAGUUUUGAUCCACGGAUGUGACCAGGAUCACUAUAUAGAAGCUGAAUUUAGCUUAAAAUACUCGAGUUGAAUAUUUGGGAUAUACAAGGGACUUUAUGGGUGAGCAUCAGGAGUUGGGUAGAUGCAUCUAAGAUUAAGAAUUUUGCAGUGUGCAUGGAAUUGUUGAGAAUUGUUUGAUAUCAGAGCAAACUCUUCAUCGUCUGAGUGUGAAAAAUUCCUGUUAAAACCUACUGGGCAAAAUUGAGAUGGGUCAAUGAUAGUGUCAACAGCCAAUUAUUCUACAGUAGAGACAUGUUAACAUCAGAGGGUAUAAAACGGUUUGCUGAAUCUAAUCAUUGGUCUGACAUAUUCUUAAUUACGAUUGCAUUAAUUUCUUUUUCCUCAAAUGUUUGUAUGCCUAAGUUGCAGGUCCCCAGGAAUCAAGAAUAAAGUUGCUGUAGUGUAGCCUUAGGUAUGCUGACUUGCUUCUUUUACUGAAUCUUUAUGUGUACACUUGACCGAGUAUCGAACUCUUGAUAGUGGCAUUGCUGGGAGCUUGAGAACAUAUCAAUUGCUGUACCCAUUUAACGUGGAGUGAAAUUGUGUAAUUGCAACUUAGUACUCUGUUUGCUAAUGUUUGCUUAUCACGCAACGCUAAUUUGCUAA